AUCGAUCAACGAAGCCGCACAUUGUUUUAUCGUGAUCUAUUAUUAACACUAAUAAUAUAUGACAUUGAUAGCGAUCAUUUCACAGCAUGCAUUUCAUUUAACUAUUCAUAAGCAGAGUUUUAUAAAUCUUUAACAAUCCGAACGAUCGAUUUUUAAUAAUUUAUGGCAGUAACUUUUAUAUUCAUGUAGGAUGUAGUAGAACAAAAAUGUCACAUUACAUCCAUCAUCAAAGAUGAGUUUAUUAAUAUCUAAUUAAAAAUUAACAGGAAGAGACUCGUACCAUGACGCAUGCAAUAUAUAUAAACGUCUCAUAUCAUAUAAAACUGAUGAUUUUUCUUUAGUUGUAAUUGAUCUCUUCAUAAUGUAUUUUGCAGGACUUGCUAUUCUGUACAUGUUAAUGACCAUUCCUCAACUUCUUCCAUGGAACACCAAGGGUACUCUCUUAGCGAUUUUAUCUUGGUGCCACUUAAUAGGCGCCGUUAGUCCGUGGAUCGGUUCCUUUAUCUAUCAUCUUUUUAUGAAUUUAAACUACGACGAAGUCUUCUAUAGAUUUUUAUUAAAAUUAGACAUGAUCGGUAUCUGGCUGUGCCAAAGUUUUGGAGCAAUACCUAUGAUGGCAGCAACUGUUCAUUGUCUGCCAGACACUUAUUGGUACUGCUGUAUUUUUAUCUACUGGUUUCUUUGUAUUUGGGGACUUCUCAAUGCAAUGAGUGCUCAAUCUCCUUGGGAGAGGAGACUAUGUUUCGCACCCCCUUUCCUCAUGAGAAUGUUAGUGAUGACUCUACGAUGUUUCGGUAUUGGAGGUGGUUCACCGAGUGCAUUGCUUCACAUCGUACUCCAGGACCUUAUAGCUGUCGUGGGAGCGACCAUCGGUGCUAUGCGUAUACCAGAAAAGUGGAUACCGGGUAAACUGGAUCUGGUAUUGAAUUCUCACAAUUUGAUGCACGUGUUGGUUGUAUUAGCGGUUUGCUCGAUGCACGCCGCGACUCUGGAGGACCUCUCAUGGAUGUGUGGCUCUUCUCCGUGCAACAGGACAGAAUCUCUUCACUUGAAGCACGAUGAAUUGUGAUGGAGUUGGGUGCGUGGAUACUUUUUAAUGAAGUCUGUGAUAAAUCGAGCCUACGUCAACAGCUAAUCACUUAUGUAGGUACAUACUUUGUUUAAUGAAAUGUGUAAAUCAGAGACGAUGAAAAAUGUAAAACGCGGAACAAAACUUAAUUAAGGGUAAUAAAGAGACACGUGUGGAACAGUUUAAGUACAAGAACGAGUACAAAAAUUAAAUUAAUUUGUCAUAUCACGGGAAAUAAAACAUAUGACUUCCAAUGGCAAUCAGUCUUCGUGUCGAUGAUUCAGGGGAUGGCUUUUUUUAUAAAACUGGAAUAAGCACAUCAAAAAUACAUUUAUUAUUGUAAUUAUAAGAAUUCAAGAUUCGCAGCAAUAUGCAAGAUGCGUUCUCGGAGACUAGUUCCGGCGUACGCAUCGUUUCGCAAUGUCGACGCCAUUUAUGUAGGCGUAGACGAAUAAAGCUAUCUCAAAAUAUCGGAAUUUCUUUAAUUCCGUAACCGACUCUUCGAUUCUUUAUACAUAAGAUCAUUGCCCAAAUGUUAAUGUCGGAAAAUAGAAGUUAUGAUCAAUUGAUUUCUAUUUGAAAUUACAUACGUACAUUACAGAAGCAUAAUUUGAUCUGUGAUUCACAAUCGAUAGAUCUCAUAAUUAAAUAAUAAACAGUAUAAAUCUGGUUAAUAUGUAGUAAUCAUAUUUUUGUUUCACCCAUAUACUUAAAUUAAAUACACACAUGUGUUAUGAUGUGAAAUUGAGAAAGACCGGAGCCGCAAGAACGUCUCCAAGUUUAAAUAAUAUAAAAUGACUAACAGAUAACGUGAGUGGUAGAUAAAUAUAUUUUUCUUGUAGCGUAUUGGGUACAACUGUGUUCUUGCGGGUCUAAUCGUUCAUACAAAUUGCAUGCUUCAAUAGCUUAUGUAUUUGUACAUAAACUGACCAGAGUUAAUCGUCAAUAAACCUAUUGCGUUGAAACUA